AUGCUGCCUUCAUCCUCUCCUCCUCUGAACCUCUCGUCCUCGCAUCCCUCCCCUUCCUCCUCCUCCUCCUCCUCCUCCUCCUCCUCCUACCGCCACCACGACGACCACGACGACCACGACGACCGCCUCUACUCCCCCCAGCAGCCUUUGUCCUCAAAUAGCCCUUCUCCUCCGCAUUCGUACUCUCGAAACGAUGCUCCCUGCAACCCCCGCUCUAUCGGCGACUCUGAUCCCCAUCACAUUGUCCAUCUCCCUCAGAUACCACCUCAAUCCGCAGAACAUCCUAGUGCUGGCCGCAUUCCACCAUGCCUCUCCCCGCAAUCGAUAACGGACCAGACGUAUUACAACCACCCCUUGCAACUUCAUGGCCUUGAGCAAGUUGUCCUCCCACGGCCUUCGUCAAUGCCGGAUCGGACUCAUGCUCCUGCACCCCAAAUUCCGACGAGAAGUGAAGCCUGUCGCAUCCACCAUCACAGCAACCAUGAUGUAUUGGUGUCGGGCCAUUCGAGUCCGCGGUCGCAGCGGAUGAAGGUGAAUGAUGAUGAAGAAGCAGCAGUAACAACAGCAGCAGCAGCAGCAGAAGAAGAAGAGGAUGGUGAUGCGAUUGGGGAAGAUGAGGAUCAGAAUCGGAAUGAGGAUGGGUUGGAGGUAGUUAGGUCGACGGAAACGGAGAAUGCCUUUUUUAUACUGGUGAGAUAG